UGCGUCGGCAGUGUCGGCACGUACUGAUAGUCGGAAACAUGGCGGCGCUCACGAGACAUGCUUUUCUCGGUUGUGCCUUGCUCAGACAAUCAUCGGUCGUUGGCACAGCGAUGCAGGAGCGUGGGAUCGCAAUUAAGUUAAAACACAAAAAGAGGCCUUGUCAGAAGCCUCAGAAGAAGGCUACUAUUGAAUCCAUCAUGUCAUCCAUGCAGACCAAAGGAUUCUUGCGGCCCUACAACCCGUACCAACCACCAAAAGAUGCGUCCGAGAGGUUAGACAAGAUUUGCGAAUCCCUGGGCUUGAGCACCAAUGACGACACCGUCGUUGACGAUUUGCUCAUGAGAUUCAAACUGUUCGGAACCUGCGCCAAUGAAUUUCAAUACUGCAUUCCCAACUCGCAACUCGCUCACAUCGAAACCAUCGGUCAUCUGAGGCAAUUUUAUCAGACGCCAGUCUUCACGACGACGCCGUACGACGCCCUACAAAACUUGGAUCUGCCGCCGAAUUUGCACGUUCAAAAAGACUAUCACAGGUUUCACCCUGACACGGACAAAAUGUUUGGUGGAAAGACGGCGUUUCCACAAAACGCCACAAUCGUUACGGGCCUCAAGUAUAAGGACAAGUACAAGGGUCACAAACCGGAAAAGUCAUGGCCCGAAAAAGUUUACUCGAUAUUUGAUUAGCUGUAGCUCUGCAGCUCUUCGUUCAUGCUUGUUGAUGAAAUAAUCUUAUUUAUACGAUAUAUACACGUGAUAAUGUUUAAUAAACUAAUAAGUUAACAUGAA